GUCGCACGUCACGUGACGUCCAGAAGCUGGCAGGGAAGCCGUCCGCCAUUGUUUCCCCGCCCCGGCGUUGGCGCCCUCCGCGCACGAUGGCUUCCCCCGAAUGAAGCGCGCUGCGGCCGGACCGCGGGGAACCGGCGGAGGCGCAGACGACGCCCGGACACCGUCCCCAGCUCCGGUCGGCCGCCCGGUACGGCUCCCGGAAGCAGCCCGUUGCUAGGCAACCGCGUCGCUCCAGCGGGGAGGGGCGGGGCGUGCGGAGGGUCUGCAUGGACCAGUACUGCAUCCUGGGCCGCAUCGGGGAGGGCGCGCACGGCAUCGUCUUCAAGGCCAAGCACGUGGAGACUGGGGAGAUCGUGGCCCUCAAGAAAGUGGCCCUGCGGCGGCUGGAGGAUGGCAUUCCCAACCAGGCCUUGCGGGAGAUCAAAGCCCUGCAGGAGAUCGAGGACAAUCAGCACGUGGUGCAGCUGAAGGCCGUGUUCCCGCACGGCGCAGGCUUUGUGCUGGCCUUCGAGUUCAUGCUGUCGGAUCUGGCGGAGGUGGUGCGCCAUGCCCAGAGGCCCCUGGGCCAGGCACAGGUCAAGAGCUACCUGCAGAUGCUGCUCAAGGGUGUGGCAUUCUGCCACGCCAACAACAUCGUGCAUCGGGACCUGAAACCGGCCAACCUGCUCAUCAGUGCCUCAGGCCAGCUCAAGAUAGCAGACUUUGGCCUGGCCCGGGUCUUCUCCCCAGAUGGCAGCCGCCUCUACACACACCAGGUGGCCACCAGGUGGUAUCGAGCCCCGGAGCUCCUGUAUGGUGCCCGCCAGUAUGACCAGGGCGUCGACCUGUGGGCUGUGGGCUGCAUCCUGGGGGAAUUGUUGAACGGAUCCCCUCUCUUCCCUGGGGAGAAUGACAUCGAGCAGCUUUGCUGUGUGCUUCGAAUCCUGGGCACCCCCAGUCCUCAAGUCUGGCCGGAGAUCACGGACCUGCCCGACUACAACAAGAUCUCCUUCAAGGAGCAGGCGCCUGUGCCCCUGGAGGAGGUGCUGCCCGACGCGUCUCCCCAGGCCCUGGACCUGCUGGGGCUGUUCCUCCUCUACCCUCCGCGCCAGCGCAUCUCAGCCUCCCAGGUGUGGAAUGAGGUUUCAGGGACCAAGGAACUGUGGAGGCAGCUGUGUCUGGGACGCUGGUCAUCAUGUAAAACCUCCCAGAUGACCUUGGGCACACAAACAUGGAAAGAGUACUAUCUCUGCCGAUCCGAGCUGGAGUUCCGAAUGGAAUGUGGGCGGCCAGAGAAGGACUUCAUCUGCAAAGCCAUUGCCGGGCACACAGGAGAGAUAGACGAGCUGGCUUACAUCUCAACCAAGGAGUGCCGGUUUGAUGGGCAAGAGAAGUCCAUGGUGUGCACCGUGUCCUCGGACGGCACCGUCCGUGCCUGGGAUGUGCAGGAGGGCACAGAGAUCUGGUCAAGCCCUCUGCAGCCCGCUGCUCUGGUGGACGUGGUGACCUUCCCUCGGCUCCAGCUGGCCAUCACCGUGGAUGAGCGUGGCCUCAUCAAGGCUUGGGGAGCGGACAACGGGUGGGAGCAGGCCUCCUUCCGCCUGCCUACAUUCUCGUCUGCUUUGCAGGCCUGCGAGCAUCCAGAGGGCCCUUUCCUGCUGUUCCUUCUCUCUUCUGCAUUCUUACCCUUCCUUCCCUUGUUUCAAGUCCCAGCUAUGGUCCAGCUCAGGAGAAGCUGAGGCACGUUUGACAAAACAUGAGCGCUUGCCCAGGACACCAAAGGCGGCUGUUACCAGGAUGUCCGUUUAGAAGUGACUCAGGCAUCGGGAGGGUUUGGUGAGAAGAAACCAGGAAAGUGGGUUUACGGUGACAGGUGGACGAAGUGGCUCUUGGCUGGAGGCAGUGUCCCCACCGGUGGGGAGGAGGCCCUGGAAAGGACGGGCAGGCUGGUGUCCCAAAUAUCAGGAGGAGCGGGUAUCCUGGAGCAGCUUCAUGUGCGCACGGAAUCAAAUGGAAAGGGACUAAGCUCAGCAAACCAAACAAGUAAUGUCUAGUGAAACAGAUUUCUCAUAAACCACUCUGCAAUGGUUGAAGACUUCAGAGUAAGUGUGAUUGGUAUCCGCAGAUGCGUUUGAGAAUCUGUCACGCAAACGAGGAGGCCGUAGGCUCUCCCUGGGAGUGGUAGACGGUGUGAUGCCCAGUUACUUGUCUGCGAAGGGCAGUUGGAGAAGUAGAGCGCACGCAGUAGUGGAGAGCAGAGAGCUAGGUACAACAAAAGGGUCCGGACCGAGGCUCAGGAGAUGCGGCGGAGACCAAGUGCUGAGCCCAACGCUGCGGCUGCUUUGCCCUGGAGACGCUUUCCCCAGGCAGCCGAGAGGCCACAGACCUUUGAGAGCUGAGGGGACGAGUUGGGGUGCGGGGCCACUGAGGGUCAGGCCCCAUGCCUCCCCUUUUACUUGGGGGUUGUCGAGUGGUACGGCCCAAGAGGAGGGUGUGAAGGUUGGCAGUUGCCCACCCUGGCUGCAGCCUGGCACCCCGGCCACCUGGGAGGAGUUUGCGAAAAUCCUUCCUGGGCCAGGAGAACACCACCGAGACCUCAUGUUAUUUCCGUUUGCAAAUGUAGCAUUCAGCACACGUUUAGAGCUAAGGGGACCACGAGAGAGGAACUAGUACCAGCCACAGUGGCUGGGUGAACCGCGGGUGACAUCGGGAGAGCCACAGGGUUUCAGAUGCUGCAUUUGCUGCACACUGAGACAGCUGUGGCCUCUGUAUCCAGGGAGGUGACUUUGAACAGAGAGCUCAGAACUAUGAAAAAUGACGCAACAGAUUUAGAAAAGAGCCAAGUAGAAAUUCCAGAACAGAGAAAUGGGGCACAAAGGUUAGCUCGGGGGCUGGGGGUCAUAGCAGGGUGGACAGUGGAAUCACUCUAGAAUGGGGGGCAUAGGAGAGCUUGUGGGCCUCUGGCAACUUCCAGUUUCUUACUUGCAUGGCGACGUGAAUAUUUGCUUUGUAACAAUGUAUGGAGUGCUAUAUUUGUGUUUUGUGCACUUUUCUGUCUAUGUGUUUUCUGCAUCAGUGAAAAGUUCAUAAGAGAGGUUACCUGGAGUGACAUGGGGAUGUCGAGUGAGGUGAAUGGGAAGAGAGGGGAGGAGAUGUAGACAGUGCUCCUCAGGCUUUGGUGGAUUGUGAACUACCGAGAUGUUGUUUAAAUGCAGAUUCCGAUUCGGUGAGUCCCUGGGGGUGACUAAAUUCUGACUUUUUAACAAGCUUCUUGGUAGUAUUGGUACUGCCUGUCCGCAGACGACACUUUGAGUAGCAAGGCCAUAGAGGAAGACCCAUGACAAAUUCUGGUAUUUGGUAGCAGGAGCAGGUGAGGGAGUGCAUGGGUCAAAGGCAACAUUUGAAGAGGUGACAGCAGAUGUUUUCCUAAAGUAGACUAAGGACGUUAAUCUCUGGAAUCAAGAAGGCCUGUGAACCCCAAGGGGGAUAAACCAAAAUAGAUCUGCACACGGGCCUGUCAGAGUGAACUGAGAUUAUCCAAGGACCAAGAAAGCACACGGGCCCGUCAGAGUGAAGAUUAUCCAAGGACCAGGAAAGCAGCCUGGGGACGUAGACUGCCUUCAGCCUCUGACUUCUUAACAGCAACUGUGGGACCUCAGAGACAGUAGAAUGGUAUCUUGGAAGAAAUAAUUGCUGGCCAGGAAUUCUAGAAGAGAAAGUGUCCUUCAGGAAUGAAGGGGAAUGAAGGCAUGUCAGAUAAAAUGGAGAAUUAGCACCAGCCACACCACCAGUGAGAAGGACACGCGUGGGACUUGAAGCAGAAGGAAGAUGAGCAAAGCUGGUAUCCCAGGGUGUCGGGAGACGUUGAUGAACAGCACUGGUGGAGGCAAGGAGACCUGAGGGUACCGACUGUAGAACAGCAGUAACCAUGUCUUGUGGAUUUUAAACUUAGGUGCAGAAAAGAAAUUUGUGAUGUCAGCAUUUACAUUAGGAGAAGGUUAGGAAGCACUAAACAGCCCAAGAUCCUUGAAUUGGGCGGGCUCAGUCAUGUCCUGAUGGGCAGGGACGUCUGUUAGGCAAGGCCGCAUGUAGCAGAGAGAAAUGGAGGAGCGUGUAACCUUUAACUCGUGAGAGGAAAAGGGGUAGGAUCAAGUCUGGCACCAAAUUUGGCUUAUCAAGCCUGAUGAAGCCACAUGAGCCCCAAGAGGAUAUGAAGAGGUAAUCUGCCAUAUAACAAUCUGCUUUUGGGGACAGUGGCUCCCAGGAGGCUGGUCUGAAUGGCUGGAGGCCAGCAAGUGACUGGCUUACUCUUCCUGUGGGUGGAGUAGGCGGUGGGAGGGCUAGUGCGCAGGGGCCGGGUUUCUGUGGGUCGAGUUCUCGGCAGGUGCUCUUUAUCUGCUCGGCCUGAUUGGGAACAGAGCCGGGGGACCAGCAGGCCUAAAAGCUGUCAGCAACCAAACAUCAAAGGUGGAGUCGGACUCCAAUAUGCUUCCCUUCUGAUGACUUUACUGUAAUUCUGUCUUCGGGCCGAUGGCUGAAAUGUGCAGAUUUUAUCUCCUUGAACCAGGGCUUGUGUGAGCCAGCCAUUUGUGCGGUGCCCCAUGAGGCUCAUAAGGUUCGUUCGGGAGCUCGAGUGUUGUGUAUUUGAGAAGUGAAGUGAGUACCUUGGUCGCUGUUGGUAUGUCCGGGUCUCCAGAGGGGAGGCGGUGUCUGCUAUGUGCGGAGACAUGUGUGAUGGCCAUUUAUGUCUUGGGGGGGGGGCGGGGAGUCCAGGGUUCCUGAGGUCUUCACCAAGAGGGAGAAUUUUGGACGAGAUGCUUUGUUUCUGGCCACAUGGCUGCAGCGCUGGCAAUGGCCUGAGAGCGUAAAUGUGCAUCUGUGGCUGGUCCUUACCUGGGGCUUCCCGGGCUAGGGUGACCGCCCGAAGUUAGGUCCACAUUUAUCAGGGAUGUUCCCGUUAGCAGGUGGGCUGCAGUGGUGGGCCCUUCGCGUGCGAUGGCAGCAGUGCGGCCUGUGCACUGCGGGAUCGCUCUUUCCUGUUUAUCUAGAGGGUGGCCUUCUCCAGGGUCCUUGCAUGUGACACGGGUCUGAGGACAGCAGGAACUCCUUCCUUGCGCAGAGGGAAAGCCCAACAUGACCCAGGCCUGCCUGGGUCCUGAGGAUGCCAUUUUUAGGUCAACAGGGAGGCUUCUGUGGCUGUGCUGAGCCUGCAAGGUGCUGCCCCCACAUCCCCAAGACGUAACGCCUCCCUGGGAAGUCGGGGGCUCAGACCCUCUGAGCACUAGCCACACCACAGGGCCCAGAUGCGGCCGGCAGCAUUCGCUGGAUGGGUUGUUGUGUGGACAGCAGGCUUUGGCCACAAGCACUCGUGUUUUUUGGGUUGCCCUGUAGGAGGAUGGGGCAGGGUCAAUUCCCUACUGAGAUUUGGCUCAGAUUUGGAGAUUGCUAAUUCUGUACAUGUACCGGGAGAGGAUGGUAAAGGGUAUCCCCACUCACCACCCCCCAAAUUCAUGUCUACACAGAGCCUUAGAAUGUGACCUUAUUUGGAAAUGGUGUCUGGUUAAGGAUCUCAGGUAAAAUCAUCCUGGAUUUAGGUUGGGCUGUCAUAAAGGGAGGAGAAGACACAGACACACAGAGAAAGCCCUGUGCACACUGAGGCAGACAAGUCAAGGAAAGCCCUAGAGUCUUUAGAAGGAAAGGGCCCUGCCAGCACCUUGAUUUUGGGCUUCUAGCCUCUAAAACCAUGAGAGA